AAGAAUACAUGACCAAGUACAGCAGGGCACACCUACCAAGGAGACAUGUGUCCUCUAUAAAAGACAGUGCCCGGGACUCUCACAAUAACUGAUAGGCUGUCAACACAGGAUCACAAGAACUGAUCUGAUUUUCAUCUUCUGGUGGGACCUUAAGAGUGUCCAAUAAAGUGCCACCAUGAGCACCGACGCAGAGAUGGAGCAGUAUGGCCCUGCAGCCAUUUACCUCAGGAAGCCCGAGAAGGAGAGGAUUGCGGCUCAGACGGCUCCCUUUGACGCCAAGUCAGCCUUCUUCGUGGUCGUUCCUGACGAAAUGUACGUCAAGUCCAAACUCAUCAAAAGAGAGGGGGGCAAUGCUACCGUCGAGACACUCGAGGGAAAGAAGACCGUCACCGUCAAAGAAAGCGACAUCCAUCCCAUGAACCCUCCCAAGUUUGAGAAAAUUGAAGACAUGGCCAUGAUGACCCACCUCAACGAGCCUGCCGUGUUGUUUAACCUCAAAGAGCGUUUUGCAUCAUGGAUGAUCUACACCUACUCUGGGCUGUUCUGCGUUGUGGUCAACCCCUACAAGUGGCUUCCUGUGUACGACCAGGAGGUCGUAGGGGCCUACAGAGGCAAGAAGAGAAUUGAGGCUCCGCCCCACAUCUUCUCCAUCUCUGACAACGCCUAUCAGUUCAUGCUCACAGACCGUGAAAAUCAGUCCGUCCUGAUCACUGGAGAAUCCGGUGCCGGAAAGACUGUCAACACAAAGCGUGUCAUCCAGUACUUUGCAACAAUUGCAGUUGCUGGAGUCAAAAAGGCUGAACCUGGGAAGAUUCAGGGUUCUCUGGAAGAUCAAAUCAUUGCAGCCAACCCCCUGCUGGAGGCCUACGGUAAUGCCAAGACCGUAAGGAACGACAACUCGUCCCGUUUCGGUAAAUUCAUCAGAAUCCACUUUGGCUCUACUGGCAAGCUGGCCUCUGCUGAUAUUGAAACUUAUCUGCUGGAGAAGUCCCGUGUCACCUUCCAGCUGUCAGCUGAGAGGAGCUACCAUAUCUUCUAUCAGCUGAUGACAGGACACAAGCCUGAGCUGCUCGAGGCCCUUCUGAUCACCACCAAUCCGUAUGACUAUCCGAUGAUCAGUCACGGUGAAAUCACUGUCAAGAGCAUCGAUGACGUUGAGGAGUUCAUCGCAACGGAUACCGCUAUCGACAUCCUGGGCUUCACUAGUGAGGAAAAAAUGAGCAUUUUCAAGCUGACUGGUGCUGUGAUCCAUCAUGGCAGCAUGAAAUUCAAGCAGAAGCAGCGUGAGGAGCAGGCGGAACCUGAUGGCACUGAGGAGGCUGAUAAAAUCGCUUACCUCUUGGGUCUGAACUCAGCGGAUAUGCUGAAAGCUCUGUGCUACCCUCGAGUCAAAGUUGGGAAUGAAUUUGUGACCAAAGGUCAGACCGUCCCACAGGUCAACAAUUCUGUGUCAGCUCUGUGCAAAUCCAUCUAUGAGAAAAUGUUCUUCUGGAUGGUCAUCCGUAUCAAUGAGAUGUUGGACACAAAGCAGCCAAGACAGUUCUUCAUUGGAGUGUUGGAUAUCGCUGGAUUUGAGAUCUUCGAUUACAACAGCUUGGAGCAACUGUGCAUCAACUUCACCAAUGAGAAACUGCAACAGUUCUUCAACCACCACAUGUUUGUCUUGGAGCAAGAGGAAUACAAGAAAGAAGGUAUCCAUUGGGAAUUCAUCGACUUUGGUAUGGACUUGGCGGCUUGCAUUGAGCUGAUUGAGAAGCCAAUGGGCAUCUUCUCCAUCCUUGAAGAGGAGUGCAUGUUCCCCAAGGCGACAGACGUGUCUUUCAAGAACAAGCUGUAUGAUCAGCAUCUUGGCAAGACCAAGGCCUUUGAGAAGCCAAAACCCGCAAAAGGCAAAGCUGAGGCCCACUUCUCACUGAUUCACUACGCUGGUACUGUGGACUACAACAUCACCGGCUGGUUGGACAAAAACAAGGAUCCCCUGAAUGACUCCGUUGUCCAGCUCUACCAGAAGUCUUCAAACAAGCUGCUGGGCAUGCUGUACGCCACCCACGCUGCAGCUGAAGAGAGUGGUGGUGGUGGUGGUGGCAAGAAGGGUGGUGGAAAGAAGAAGGGUGGUUCUUUCCAGACUGUCUCUGCUCUAUUCAGGGAGAACUUGGGCAAGCUGAUGACUAACUUGAGGAGCACUCAUCCUCACUUUGUGCGCUGCCUGAUCCCCAAUGACCAUAAGACCCCAGGUCUUAUGGAGAACUACCUGGUUAUCCACCAGCUGAGAUGUAACGGUGUGCUUGAGGGUAUCAGAAUCUGCAGAAAGGGCUUCCCCAGCAGAAUCCUCUACGGUGAUUUCAAGCAGAGAUACAAAGUAUUGAACGCUAGCAUCAUCCCUGAGGGUCAGUUCAUUGACAACAAGAAGGCAGCAGAGAAAUUGCUGGGCUCCAUCGAUGUGGAUCACACUCAGUACAAAUUUGGACACACUAAGGUGUUCUUCAAAGCUGGUCUGUUGGGUACCCUGGAGGAGAUGCGAGAUGAGAAACUGGCUGCAUUGGUGACCAUGACUCAAGCUCUCUGCAGAGGAUACCUCAUGAGGAAAGAGUUUGUGAUGAUGAUGGAGAGGAGAGACGCAAUCUUCACCGUCCAGUACAACGUCCGUUCCUUCAUGAAUGUGAAGAACUGGCCAUGGAUGCAUCUGUACUUCAAGAUCAAGCCUCUCCUCAAGAGUGCCGAGACUGAGAAAGAGCUGGCGCAGAUGAAGGAGAAUUAUGGCAAAAUGCAAUCUGACCUGGCGACUGCGCUGGCCAAAAAGAAAGAGCUGGAGGAGAAGAUGGUCUCCUUGUUGCAGGAGAAGAAUGACCUGCAACUGCAAGUGGCAGCUGAAGGUGAGAAUCUUUCAGAUGCUGAGGAAAGAUGCGAGGGGCUCAUUAAGAGCAAGAUCCAGCUCGAGGCCAAACUCAAAGAGACGACCGAGAGACUGGAAGAUGAGGAAGAAAUCAACGCUGAGCUGACCACGAAGAAGAGAAAGCUGGAGGAUGAAUGCUCAGAGCUCAAGAAAGAUAUUGAUGAUUUGGAACUCACCUUGGCUAAAGUAGAAAAGGAGAAACACGCCACUGAAAACAAGGUGAAAAACCUGACAGAGGAGAUGGCAACUCAAGAUGAGACUCUUGCCAAGUUGACAAAGGAGAAGAAAGCCCUCCAGGAGGCUCACCAACAAACACUGGACGAUCUGCAGGCAGAGGAAGACAAAGUCAACACUCUGACCAAGGCUAAGACAAAGCUGGAGCAGCAAGUGGAUGACCUUGAAGGCUCCCUGGAACAAGAGAAGAAGCUCCGCAUGGACCUUGAGAGAGCCAAGAGGAAGCUUGAGGGUGACCUGAAACUGGCCCAGGAAUCCAUAAUGGAUCUGGAGAAUGAUAAACAACAAUCAGAUGAAAAAAUCAAGAAGAAAGACUUUGAGACCAGUCAGCUCCUCAGCAAGAUUGAGGAUGAACAGUCUCUUGGUGCUCAGCUCCAGAAGAAGAUCAAGGAACUCCAGGCUCGUAUUGAGGAGCUGGAAGAGGAGAUUGAAGCUGAGAGGGCAGCUCGGGCUAAGGUGGAGAAGCAGAGGUCUGACCUCUCCAGGGAAUUGGAGGAGAUCAGCGAGAGGCUCGAGGAAGCCGGUGGAGCAACGGCCGCUCAGAUUGAGAUGAACAAGAAGCGGGAGGCUGAGUUCCAGAAGUUGCGUCGGGAUCUCGAAGAGUCCACCCUCCAGCAUGAGGCGACGGCCGCCGCUCUUCGCAAGAAGCAGGCUGACAGCGUGGCAGAGCUAGGCGAGCAGAUAGACAACCUCCAGCGUGUCAAGCAGAAGCUCGAGAAGGAGAAGAGCGAGUACAAGAUGGAGAUUGACGAUCUCUCCAGCAACAUGGAGGCCGUCGCCAAAGCCAAAGGCAACUUGGAGAAACUAUGCAGAACUCUUGAAGACCAGUUAAGUGAAAUUAAGACCAAGAAUGAUGAGAAUGUUCGCCAGCUCAACGACUUGAGUGCGCAGAAGGCAAGACUGCAAACAGAGAACGGUGAGUUUUCUCGUCAGCUUGAAGAGAAGGAAGCCCUCAUUUCCCAGCUGACCAGGGGCAAGCAGGCUUACACUCAGCAGAUUGAAGAGCUCAAAAGACACAUUGAGGAAGAAGUUAAGGCCAAGAAUGCCCUGGCUCAUGGUGUUCAGUCUGCCCGUCAUGACUGCGAUCUGCUCCGAGAGCAGUUUGAGGAGGAGCAGGAGGCUAAGGCUGAACUGCAGCGAGGAAUGUCCAAGGCCAAUAGUGAGGUGGCACAGUGGAGGUCUAAGUAUGAGACCGAUGCUAUCCAGCGCACUGAGGAGCUGGAGGAGGCCAAAAAGAAGCUUGCCCAGCGUCUCCAGGAAGCAGAGGAGUCCAUUGAGUCUGUGAACUCCAAGUGUGCCUCUUUGGAGAAGACCAAGCAGAGGCUCCAGGGUGAGGUGGAGGACCUCAUGAUUGAUGUGGAGAGAGCUAAUGCCCUGGCUGCCAACCUUGACAAGAAGCAGAGGAACUUUGAUAAGGUCCUGGCAGAAUGGAAGCAGAAAUAUGAGGAGGGCCAGGCAGAGCUGGAAGGCUCCCAGAAGGAGGCCCGUUCUCUCAGCACUGAACUGUUCAAGAUGAAGAACUCUUAUGAGGAGGCCUUGGAUCAGCUGGAGACCUUGAAGAGGGAGAACAAGAACCUGCAGCAGGAGAUCUCAGAUCUAACUGAACAGAUUGGGGAGACCGGAAAGAGCAUUCACGAUCUGGAAAAGGCUAAAAAGACUGUUGAAAGUGAAAAGGCCGAGAUUCAGACUGCUCUUGAGGAAGCCGAGGGUACGCUGGAGCAUGAAGAGUCCAAGAUUCUUCGCGUUCAGCUUGAGCUCAACCAAAUCAAAGGCGAGGUUGACAGGAAGCUUGCAGAGAAGGACGAGGAGAUGGAGCAGAUCAAGAGGAACAGCCAGAGAGUGAUGGACUCCAUGCAGAGCACUCUUGACGCUGAGGUCAGGAGCAGGAACGACGCCCUGAGAAUCAAGAAGAAGAUGGAGGGAGACCUGAACGAGAUGGAGAUUCAGUUGAGCCACGCCAACAGACAGGCUGCUGAAGCCCAGAAGCAACUGAGGAAUGUCCAGGGACAACUCAAGGAUGCCCAACUGCACCUUGAUGAUGCUGUACGGGGACAAGAGGACAUGAAGGAACAGGCUGCAAUGGUGGACCGCAGGAACGGCCUGAUGGUGGCUGAAAUUGAGGAGCUGAGAGCCGCUCUGGAACAGACGGAAAGGUCCCGCAAAGUGGCCGAGCAGGAGCUGGUUGAUGCUAGCGAGCGUGUCGGACUGCUUCACUCUCAGAACACCAGCCUGUUGAACACCAAGAAGAAGCUGGAGGCUGACUUUGUUCAGGUUCAAGGUGAGGUCGACGAUGCUGUUCAGGAGGCACGAAAUGCUGAGGAGAAGGCCAAAAAGGCCAUCACUGAUGCUGCCAUGAUGGCCGAGGAGCUGAAGAAGGAGCAGGACACCAGCGCUCACCUGGAGAGGAUGAAGAAGAACCUGGAGGUGACUGUCAAGGAUCUGCAGCACCGUCUGGAUGAGGCUGAGAACCUCGCCAUGAAGGGUGGCAAGAAGCAACUCCAGAAACUGGAGGCUAGGGUCCGUCAGCUGGAAACUGAAGUGGAGACUGAGCAGAGACGUGGAGCGGAUGCUGUUAAAGGUGUCCGCAAAUAUGAGAGGAGAGUCAAGGAGCUGACCUACCAGACUGAGGAGGACAAGAAGAACGGGACCAGGCUUCAGGAUCUGGUGGAUAAAUUACAAAUGAAAGUCAAGGCUUACAAGAGACAAGCGGAGGAAGCCGAAGAGCAUGCCAAUACUCACAUGUCCAGGCUCAGGAAGGUCCAGCAUGAGCUGGAGGAGGCUCAGGAACGUGCUGACAUUGCUGAGUCCCAGGUCAACAAGCUGAGGGCCAAGACUCGUGAUAGUGGGAAGGGAGCUGACUCUACUGAAUAAGAUCCAGGGAAAUAAUUGGAGGGAUCCAUAAAAUAUGGACCCUGUUGUCUGUCAAUUCAAUUAUAGCAAUAAACGAAAAGAAAAAAAAUCUGGUUUUUUUUUCUUUUAAUUAAAAUGGUUUCA